UAUAAUAAAAUAUAAAUACCUCGAUUUCUAAUACUUGCACCGAAAGUUAAUGUAUACCAUUUCUGUUUUUAAUGAGUUUCUAGUAAAAUUGUGAGUUAAAGCUUUUAGAUUUUUAAUGAGAUAUAGUAAAAUUGUGAGUCACAAAAUCGGAUAAAAUGCUAAUAAUUAAAAAAAAUAACAAUUCAGUAUAAAAAUAAACAUUUACAUAAAUCUACUAACAAGUAACUUUGUGAUGACCACCCUGGGACAGCGCAGUGACUUACACAUUAUAGAAGAACAUGCUGAAUCAGUUGAAACUGUACACAUUGGUGACACAGUUGUUGUGAAAACUGAAGACAGUCUUGACUCUAUGUCGGCUGAUGGAAACUUAGAAGUGAAAGAAGAAUAUGAUGAACUGGUGGCAUCUCACAGACAGCACUCAGUGCCUGAGGAGAGCAACACUGAGUUGGAGUCAAAGCUACUGGCUGAUGCUCUCCGGGAGAUUCUUCAAGGGACACGAGCUUCAAGCUCUGUAGUUGCAGACCAGUUGGUCAAACUACAGGAUGUGUUGAAGUAUGAAAAUACUACAUUCGGGUGUACUCUUUGUGGCGAGGAGUUUCCCCAUGAAGAGGAGUUCAAUGCUCAUAUGGACAUGCAUACACAGGAAAGCGAUGGAAAUACUGCGUGUCUAACGUCACAAGAGUGUAAGCCUCGCACAGCUGUGAGCUCUGGCUGGAAUUCGUAUCCUCCCACAGACUUGGAUCUACCUUCAGUUGUUCCACUUGCUGCUGCGCGACUUGCAACCAAAGAAGAUGAUGCAAUGGAGGAAAAUCAUCAAGCACUUGAUAUUAGAGAUGAAUUACACGACCCGCCGUCUGACUGCAACAAUAAAACUAAAACAGAUGUUAAAAUAUUCACAAAUUGUGAAGUCAAACUAUAUGAUAUAUACCAAAAACCUGGGAGGUCAAGAAAAUUUGUUAGCUCUUAUGACAAUAAAACUAAAACAGACAUAAAAUCUAAAGCACUCACUAAUUGUGUAGUCAAAUUAUAUGAUAUACUUAAAAAACCAAAUACGUCACAAAAGCUAAGCUUUAGUGAUAGGUUACAUGCUGAUACAGCCUCUAUAGAGUCUCAUUGUCAGGCAACAAGUGAGCAUGACUUCACCGGGACACGCAACAAACAUAACAAAUCAAACACUUUGCAAAGUGAAACUGAUUGCUUGAAUAAUGAAUUUACCAACUCAUCUGUAAACAGUUUACACGAACUUAAUGAAAAGAAAUGCUAUACUUGUGAUGUUUGCAGAAGUAUGUUUAAACAUAAAAGAUCCUUAGUUACACACAUAAAAUCUCACACUGCUAGAAAAAAGUUCACUUGCAAUAUUUGUCAAUACAAAUCAAUCUACAAAGGAUCCUUGUUUAUACAUAUGCGAACUCACACUGGUGAGAAGCCUUAUUCUUGUGAGUUGUGCAAGUAUAAAGCCUCUCGAAAAUGUCACUUAAUUUCACAUAUGCGAACUCACACUGGUGAAAAGCCUUAUUCAUGUGAUUUAUGUGAGUAUAGAUGUACAGUAAGUAGUUCUCUAGUAACACAUAUGCGGACUCACACUGGAGAAAAACCUUAUUCCUGUAACUUAUGCGCGUUUAAAUGUGCACGAUAUAAUAGUUUAGUAGCACAUACGCGAAUUCACACUGGUGAAAAGCCAUAUUCUUGUAAGGGGUGCGAGGGUAAAUUUAGUUCUAGACAAAGUUUAGGAAAACACAUGCGUUCUCACACUGGUGAAAAACCAACACCGAAAAGUUUUACUUGUGACAUUUGCCAAUAUGUGUUCCAAGAUAAAAGGGUCUUACGUAAACACAUGAAGUCCCACAUUGAAAAGAAAAUAUUCGCUUGUAAGCUUUGUCCUUACAAAUCCACCUACAAAACUAGCUUAGUUUUUCAUAUACGAACUCACACUGGCGAAAAGCCUUAUUCGUGUAAGUUAUGCAACUUUAAAUGUGCGGUUCCUGGUAGUUUAUUAUCACAUAUGCGGACUCAUACUGGUGAAAAACCUUUCUCUUGUAAGUUGUGCUACUAUAAAGCUGCUCGAAAUGAUCAUUUAAUUACACAUAUGCGAACUCACACCGGCGACAAGCCUUAUUCUUGUAAUUUGUGCGAGUAUAGAUGUACAGUAAGUUGUGCCCUAGUGGUACAUAUGCGGACUCACACUGGUGAAAAACCUUAUUUCUGUCAGUUAUGUGAGUAUAAAUCUGUUGACAAAUCUAGCUUAGUGUUACAUGUGCGAAUUCACACUGGAGAAAAGCCACAUUGUUGUCAGUUGUGCACAUAUAAAAGUACAAACAAGAGGAACUUAUUGCAACAUAUGCGUACUCACACUGGUGAAAAGUCUUAUUCUUGUGAUUUGUGCGAUUAUAAAGGUAGUACUAAAAAUUACUUAUUGAUACACAUGCGCUGUCACAGUGGUGAAAAACCAUACGCUUGUAAUUUAUGCGAAUUUAAAUGUAAGCACAAGCAGAAUCUAGCUGGUCAUAUGCGCACUCACACUGGUGAAAAGCCAUAUUCUUGUGAUAUAUGCAACCGUAAAUUUUCUUAUAGUAGUCAUUUAAUGGUACACAUGAGAACACACACUGGUGAGAAGCCAUACGGAUGUAAGUUUUGCAAGUUUACAUGUGCAGAUAAAAGUAGCUUAUCGAAACAUGCGCUAAUUCACACUGGUGAAAAGCCAUUCGCUUGUGAUUUUUGCGAGUUCAAAGCCCGUCAGAAAAUUAACUUAGUGACUCACAUGCGAAAACACUAUUAAACCAUUAUUCUUAUAAGUCAAUGUGAGCAGGAUUGCACACGGAAUUCGACCGGGGUAAGCAUUAGGUGGGCAGGUUAGUAAUAAUGUACACACCUUGAUCUCGUCAAACAACUAGCGGACCCGGUCAAGCUUCGCUUUGACUUUUUUGCACUUCUUACCCUACGUCUACCUAUCCCCACCCUACCCCUUCCUUACUCCUACCUUACUCCUUUGUAAGUGUCCUACCCAGUUUCUGAUGUAUUAUUUGAAGCUGUUUAAACCAUAAAGAUUUAGGAUUUUCAGGAACGGCUUUAUUUGACACUGCACUAACUUGGUACCGCCUUCAUACUGAAAAGAAGGUAACACAUACGAUGUUAUUUUUCACUUUUUAGUUUAGUAGAAACAAUUUUGUGAUUUUGACCUUGUUGGUCACGCUAUCACGCGUCUGGACCGAUUUCAUUUUUCUUUUUUAAGUGUAUGUUAUUGUCAGAAGGUUCUUAUGACAUAAAAGAAUUAUAAAUUUUAUUGGAUGGGGUAGGGAAGGAGUAGUUGAAAGUUUACAUCGACUUUCACGCGGACGAAAUCGCGAGCGUCCGCUAGUUACGUAAUAAAAAAAGAGAAAAUGCUAUUUUUCAAAAUUGAUACAAUUCUGCUCAUUAAUACCUAAUGCAAUUUGAUAGCUAAUGUGUUUCU